AUGGCUGGGGGAAAGAAGAAAAAGAAGCCAGCGGCAAACCCGGCCAGAGGAUUUGCAACUACAUCUAUUGCCUCCAAGCCAAAGAUCGAAGUCCCUGAACCAGGAGUUCCUUCAACAGAGUCAUCCGCGCAGCACGGCAAUCUCAACUCGGAAGAAAUAGAGCAAAGCGCAUCCGCAGAUACAAAAUCGGGUCGCACGACAGCAUCGAGCAAGAUAUUAACUGCAGAAGAGUUUGAGAAGCAAUUAGAAGACUCGGAAUUACAGAUACUGGUUGAGAGACAUGCCCAGAAAUCAAAGAGAGAUGCCCUCCGUCAAAAGACGAGACUGGAGACAGAUCGCCGUGUCUUGAGAAGUCAGGCCGAAAGCCUCAACACGAGGAAAUGGUUACCUCCGGAAUUGAUGGAAGAGAUCUUGGAUUUGGUCAGUGGCGAAGGACGUUUUACGGGGCAGUCAAACGAAUCUACUGGCAAUAUCAAACAAGCCUCUGAGGAGGAGUUGACGAUCCGUCUUUGGACUCUGCAGCAAGCCCUUGGGGGGGCAGGAUUCACAGAUGAAAGGGUUCUUCGAGCCACCAGGCAUGUUUUGGAUAUUUCGGACAAGAUAGCAGUGGGGAAUAAAGACGCAAUUUGGGGCAUGGAAGAAGCCUUGGAAUGGCUGGCUAGGGAAUGUACGAGGGAUGAUCUGCCAGACUAUGAUAAUCUUUACCGCAAAGCCGGGAUGUUGUCGAAGUCACAAACAGACACACCAAUCGAGAGUCCAUUACCUUCUGGCGCUACCACCCCUCGUACAGAGUCUGAUACAAGACAUAUGGGGACUGGUGCAGUAAAUAACCACCUUUCCGGGCUGGAGCGGCAACGCUCACCUGCUAAGAAGCUCGUGGCCCUUGAUUAUGACAGUGAUAUCGAUCCUGAUGAUCUUUUGCCCGUUUAUCUGGAGUGCAAGACAAAGUUAUUCCAUGCACAGCAGUCCAUGACUAAGAAGGACCAUCCACGAGGAAAUAUUCGAGGUUCUGCUGUGAACAAGAAGACCGUGGCUGCUAGCACAGACUCAGAAUCGGCAAGAUGGACUCGAAAGGUUAAGAGAAUACAAGAUGAUGUUCUAUUUGACCAGUACAUUGCAGAUCAGCAGUGGGAAAUCAAGCGUAUUCAGCUGGAGAAAGAUGCCGCAGCUCAGCGAAAGGCUGCGGAGGUCACCCAAGACAAUAGCGACUCGAAUUCCCAAGGAUCCCAGACCCUUGUUGAUUCUGAUGACGAAGUUAGCAAGGAGGCUGCCAGAAUCGGCGCUGAACUGCUCGAAGAGAAUGGGAGCGACGAUGACGGCGCACUGGCAGACUUGUUUGCGAGCUUACCGGUCAAUGAGAUUGACCCCCUGACUGGCAAAAGUUGCACUGUUGUAACUGGCCUGAAUGGCGUCAAGAUUACGAUUCGAGAUUUUGGGAAGUGGUCUGGGAUCAAUCCUACCCGAGUUCUCGAGGAAGCUUGCCGUGCUCGAGAUUCAUCUGUGAAACUGAACUUUACUGUCAUCUCCGAUUCAAGCUUUUCGAUCCGACAUUCGCUGCGGAUCAUUUGGUCCAAAUCGCAAGAUAUUCAAUUGAUAACGCCGCCAGUGCAGAUUGACUCUACCUCUUCACCAAAGUCUCAUACCUUCACCAUGGUCUCCAUAUCGGCCCCUGAUUCUAAACAAUCCGAGGCUUACAUCGCUACCAUAGCGUUGUUCCUAUUAUUUAGCUCGUCAGCAAAAGAGGACAAGGUCUUUCUUCGUUUGCCGCCUGCAUGGAGAGAUCUAUGGACAGAAUUUGCCGAGGCAAAGAAGGAGAAAGCCGACGAAGCAGACCGUUCCAGUAUUCGUAUUUUUCGAGACAUGGUCCGCGAGAAGAGAGACCAGGAACUAGAGGACGGCGUUCUCAUACAGGGCGCUUUCAGAAAUCGAAACAAUGCUCGAGCCCCGGACAAUAGUGACGAGUCAGGCCCUGACAAAGCUAACAAAGGAUUACUUGAACCUCAAGCGUAUCAGCGAAUCUGGUACGACAAAUCCAACACGCCAAGCUACCAAAUGAUGCUGAAUUCUCGUAUGCAGCUUCCAAUGUGGGGCUUCAAGAACGAAGUCCUCGAAGCAAUUGAUCGACAUCAAGUUGUCAUCGUCUGCGGAGAGACCGGAUGUGGUAAGAGUACUCAGGUACCGUCAUUCAUCCUGGAACAUCAGCUUUCUCAAGGCAAACCGUGUAAGAUCUAUUGUACGGAGCCACGACGUAUUUCAGCUAUCUCACUAGCUCGACGUGUCAGCGAAGAGCUCGGGGAGCGUAAGAAUGACCUUGGUACUUCACGGUCUCUUGUUGGCUAUGCGAUCCGUCUCGAGUCAAACACUUCAAAGGAAACCCGACUGGUUUAUGCGACAACAGGUAUCGUGAUGAGGAUGCUUGAAGGAUCUAACGAUCUCAAGGAUAUCACACAUAUUGUUCUCGAUGAAGUUCACGAGCGGACGAUCGACAGUGAUUUUCUGUUGAUUGUCUUGAGAAAAUUAAUGGCUCGUAGAAGAGAACUGAAGGUCGUUUUGAUGUCUGCAACAGUCGAUGCGGAACGCUUCUCCAAGUACUUGGAUGGAGCUCCAGUGCUCACUGUUCCCGGUCGCACAUUUCCCGUUACAGUCAAAUACCUCGAAGAUGCUGUAGAGUUGACAGGUUAUACGUUGGAUAGUACUUAUCAGGAAAAGUUCAAGGAUCUCGAUGACGACGAGAUAGAGCCUGCCGAAGUUGGCCUUACUGAGGCAAAUAAGAUCGAGAAUACCAAAGCUCUUCGGGGCUACAGUGGCAGGACCAAGAACACGAUUGCCCAGUUGGAUGAGUAUCAGAUCGAUUUUGAAUUAGUUGCACAGCUUCUUGCAAAAAUUGCUGUUGACGAUCACCUGCAAAUGUUUAGCAAAGCGAUCUUAGUAUUUCUACCUGGAAUUGGUGAAAUUCGCCAGCUUAAUGAUAUGUUGGCUGGGCAUCCGGUUUUUUCUGCAAACUGGUAUGUUUACCCACUUCACUCCACGAUCGCCAGUGAAGACCAGGAGGCUGCUUUCCUCGUGCCUCCACCUGGUACAAGAAAGAUUGUUCUUGCUACCAAUAUUGCCGAGACUGGUAUCACAAUACCCGAUGUUACGUGUGUCGUUGACACCGGCAAACACCGAGAGAUGAGAUUCGAUGAAAGAAAACAACUUUCAAGACUUCUGGAGACUUUCAUUAGCAAGGCCAAUGCGAAGCAACGCAGAGGUCGAGCUGGAAGAGUACAAGAGGGCUUGUGCUUUCACCUUUUUACUAAACACCGGCACGAUGAAUUGAUGUCGGAUCAGCAAACCCCCGAGCUUCUCCGCCUUUCCCUUCAAGAUCUUGCUAUUCGCGUCAAAAUAUGCAAGCUUGGUGGUAUCGAGGAGACAUUGAGUCAAGCUCUAGAUGCGCCGUCGUCCAAAAACAUUCGCCGUGCAGUGGAUGCCCUUAUAGAUGUUAGAGCCUUGACACCAGGCGAAGAUCUUACCCCUCUCGGUAUCCAGCUUGCACGAUUGCCACUAGAUGUCUUUCUUGGGAAGCUAGUGCUUCUUGGAAGCAUUUUCAAAUGCUUGGACGCUUCUAUUACCAUCGCAGCAAUCUUGUCAUCCAAAUCUCCAUUUUCGGCACCAUUUGGUGCACGAGCUCAAGCAGACACUGUUCGACUUGCAUUUCGGAGGGGCGAUUCGGAUCUUCUCACCGUCUACAAUGCAUAUUUGGCUUGGAAACGAGUUUGCGUGACUGGUAAUUCGGAUUACCAGUUCUGCAGAAAAAAUUUCCUCAGUCAGCAAACACUGUUGAACAUUGAAGAUCUCAAGGGACAACUUGUGGUAUGUCUGGUCGAUUCAGGCUUUCUGCCAUUGACGGGAGAUGAGCGAACAGCGUUGAACAAAACUCGUUACUCCAGUAGACGUCGUCAAUUCUUUGAUAUUCCCCAGCGAGCGAAUGUAAACAGCGAUAACGACAUUGUGACUAGUUCAGUCAUCGCGUGGAGUUUCUAUCCAAAGCUUCUCAUCCGCGAUGGAAGAGGUUUCCGAAAUGUUGCAAACAAUCAAUCUAUCAGUCUUCAUCCAUCCUCAGUCAAUAAGGGGCACCAUGAAUUAAAAUGGUUGUCAUACUAUCAUAUUAUGCAAAACAAGCAGUUCUACAACGCCCACGAGACUACUGGAGUAGAAGAGUUUGCUAUUGCUCUUCUCUGUGGAGACGUUCGGUGUGAUAUGUAUGCCGGAGUCUUCAUCCUCGAUGGAAACCGAGCACGAUUCGCGGUGUCGGACUGGAAGACAAUGCUUGUAAUCAAGACACUGAGAUCCAAGUUACGAGAAAUAUUGACAAGAUCAUUUAAGAGCCCUGGGAAGCAACUCACGGGACAGCAGCAGAAAUGGCUGGAUGUCUGGCAGAAGAUAUUUUCGCAGGAGUUCAAGGAUAAAUGAGUGGCACUGUAACAAGUUAAGACUGCAUAGAACUGGCGUUUAAACUUGGGAGAUUCACAAACACGGAAAAGCGAUUAUCUUUCGCACUAUCAUGAAGGGACUCAUGCGUUCCCAAUAGUAAAAUACAAGCG